GAUGUGAAAGGCCAUCGUUACACACUCCAUUCACAGUGCCAUUCACUCCAUUGGUGGUAUCCAGGUGCUGUUUCCUCUCUUUGCACAGCUGGAUUUCCAUCAGCAAAGUGAAAGCCAAGUGGAGAACACAGUGUGUUCUAACUCUCCUGGCCUUCCUGUUCGAGCUACUCAAGAGCUCCGUGGCAAUGCAAGAGCAGAUGCUUGGUGGGAAGGGUUUCCUGGUAAUUGGGUACCUGCUGGAAAAGGCAUCUCGAAUACACAUCACCCGGGCCGUUGUGGAGCAGUUCCUCGCUUUCGCCAAAUACCUGAACGGCCUUAGCCACGGUGUGCCUCUCCUCAAGCAACUCUGUGACCAUAUCCUGUUCAACGCAGCUAUUUGGAUUCACAUACCCGCAAAGGUGCAGCUCUCACUGUACACGUACCUCUCAGCAGAGUUCAUUGGCACAGCAACCAUCUACAACACCAUCCGUCGAGUGGGGACUGUGCUGCAGAUCAUGCACAUCUUGAAGUAUUACUACUGGGCUGUGAAUCCGGCCCACAUCAGUGGCAUCACACCCAAAGGCCUGGACGGUCCUCGGCCCUCGCAGAAAGAGAUCGCCUCCCUCAGAGCCUUCAUGCUGCUCUUCCUCAAACAGCUCAUACUGAAGGACCGAGGUGUUAAAGAAGACGAGCUUCAAAGUAUUCUCAACUACCUGCUGACCAUGCAUGAGGAUGAGAACCUCCACGAUGUUCUUCAGCUGCUGGUGGCUCUCAUGUCGGAGCACUCUGCCUCCAUGAUUCCUGCUUUUGACAAGAGGAACGGCAUCCGGGUGGUGUACAAACUACUGGCUUCCAAGAGUGAAAGUAUCCAAGUUCAGGCUCUGAAAGUUCUGGCAUAUUUCCUCAAACACUUAGGCCACAAGAGGAAGGUGGAAAUAAUGCACACAAACAGUCUCUUCACACUACUUGGAGAACGACUCAUGCUGCACUCCAACACACUGUCGAUAACUACGUACAAUACACUAUAUGAGAUUUUGACAGAGCAGGUUUGCACACAGGUCGUCCACAAACCACAUGCCGAGCCCGACUCUACCGUGAAGAUCCAAAACCCAAUGAUUCUUAAGGUGGUGGCCACACUGCUGAAGAACUCCUCGCCCAGCACGGACCUGAUGGAGGUGCGGCGUCUCUUCCUGUCCGACAUGAUCAAGCUCUUCAGUAACAGCCGUGAGAACAGACGGUGUCUGCUGCAGUGCUCCGUUUGGCAGGACUGGAUGUUCUCUCUCGGCUACAUUAACCCUAAGAACUCAGAGGAGCAGAAGAUCACUGAGAUGGUUUACAACAUCUUCCGGAUUCUCCUCUACCAUGCCAUCAAGCACGAGUGGGGCGGCUGGCGUGUGUGGGUGGACACACUCUCCAUAGCCCACUCCAAAGUGACAUAUGAAGCUCACAAGGAAUAUUUAGCAAAAAUGUAUGAGGAAUACCAGCGGCAGGAGGAGGAGAACAUUAAGAAAGGGAAGAAGGGGCUUGUCAGCACCAUUUCGGGGCUUUCUGACCAGGCUUCGGCCAUCAAAGGCACUCUGGAGCUGGACCCGGAUUCCCAAACCCAGACUCCUGAGAGUGAAGCGGAUGAACCAGAGACGACAGAUUCUGGAAGGAACCUCUUGUCUGAAACCAAAUGUUUGGAUGCGGAGAACCCAGCAACAGGUGUCCAUGUGAAAGUUCACGACCUGCUUGUAGAUAUCAAAGCGGAGAAGGUUGAGGCCACAGAGGUCAAGAUGGAUGACAUGGACCUCCUGCCUGUAAUAGAAAAUGGAGGCUUGGUGAAAGUGGACACUCUUCUGGAUAACGUCUACUCGGCUGCAGUGGAGAAGCUAAACAGCAGUGUAAACCGCAUGCUGGUACCCGAAGCCACCAUAGAAGACAAGAGCUCAGGUCCUCUCAUCACCCUGGUUGACGAAAAAGACAUUGCCAGCAACAACACCUUCCAUUUUGGCACGAUGGCGACCGGCUUGGGAGAAAACCUCCUUCCUGAGAUGGGACCAUUUGAACCUCUUCUGCUCUCAGGAGUGAAACCUCAGGUCCAUACCAGCUCUAGUGCAGACCUUGGGCUUCUGGCAGUCAUGACGAAGAGCUCGGAAGAGUUGGACGCUGACCCAAUGACUUCGGAGGAUGACCGCUUUAAGAUGCAGCCUGCUUUGAGUGGUUUUAGUGUCUCUGAAGGGGAAAGCCUGUCUAAAUGCCCGGGGCAGGUAGAGACAGUGGCAGUAGAUCUGGAGCCAGGGGGUUCUGGGGUAAAGAACACUGCAGAUGUUACCAGCACCACAUCAGACACAGAGAAAUCAGAUGAUGAUGGCAAAGAUAAAGAGGUUAAGAAGAUUCAGACUACGGCUACUACACAGAGUUUACACGACCGCUCUGGUAAUCAUCUGGAUAGAGAUCUGCGAGUGGAUCUGGGUUUCAGAGGCAUGUCGAUGACAGAAGAGCAGUGUCGACAGUUCAGUCCCGGUCCCCGCACCACCAUGUUCCGUAUCCCAGAGUUCAAGUGGUCCCCAAUGCACCAGCGCUUACUUACAGAUCUGCUCUUUGCUCUAGAAGCAGACGUACACAUUUGGAGAAGUCAUUCGACAAAAUCCAUCAUGGACUUUGUCAACAGCAAUGAGAACAUAAUCUUUGUACACAACACCAUUCACCUGAUCUCACAAAUGGUGGAUAACAUCAUCAUGGCCUGUGGAGGGAUCCUUCCCCUGCUGUCCGCAUCCACCUCGCCCUCUACUGAAAUGGAGGGCAUCGAGGCGACGCAGGGCAUGUCGUCUGAGACGGCCGUGAUCUUUCUGACCCGGCUGAUGUCCAUGGUCGAUGUGCUGGUCUUUGCGAGUUCCCUCAACUUCAGCGAGAUUGAAGCUGAGAAAAACAUGUCUUCAGGUGGACUGAUGCGACAGUGCCUCAGACUAGUAUGUUGUGUAGCUGUGAGGAACUGUUUAGAGUGUCGUCAGCGUCAGAGGGACAGGAUUCUGAAAUCCACCCUGUCCUCCAGUAAGUCUCAGGAGGGCCUGCAGGGCAUGUCCACGGCCAGCAAGACCACCAUAGAAAAUUGUCCAAGUAAUGUUUCUCCAAUUAAGGACCCGGACCGACUUCUGCAAGACGUGGACAUCAACCGCCUGCGAGCUGCUGUCUUUCGUGAUGUUGAUGACAGUAAGCAGGCCCAGUUCCUGGCUCUCGCUGUUGUCUAUUUUAUCUCGGUGCUGAUGGUAUCUAAGUACCGGGACAUCUUGGAACCCCAGCGGGAGAUGGUCAGGCCUAUCAGCCAAUCAGGAAGAGGCAUUCGGCAGGAAAUAAGUUCCCCCCCAAGCACAGAGCACCCAUCAGCCCUCUCUGACAGCUGCACUGAUGCCGUUAGUGUUCUGGAGGAGUUCCGUCAGGAGUCAUCCCUCCCUCACUCUGACUGAGGACUGGGGG